UCAACCCACCCCCGGCUCCGCAGCGCUUAUCGAUUGCAAAUUGCGGCUGACGGGGGUCCACGACGGAGGGCCCAAGACCGGGACAUAGGUAUCACCACGGAAAGAAGUUUACUGCUCCGGGCCGCCGUAACAGUCAAUCCCGAUCGUUCACUGUCUGUCGCUACAGCCGUCAUGGUCGUCAAAAUCAGGUUGGCGCGCUUCGGCCGCAGGAACUCUCCCUUCUACAACAUAGUCGUUGCCCAUGCGAGGACAGCGCGAAAUAGUCGGCCUCUGGAGGUCAUCGGCACAUAUGACCCCAUUCCUAAGGCAGAUCCCUACGAUGAUUCUGGACGAUUGCAUAAGGACAUCAAGUUGGAUGCUAUAAGGGCACGGUAUUGGAUUGGUGUAGGCGCCCAGCCGUCGGAUACUGUCUGGCGAUUACUGUCCAUGCUUGGGAUCAUGGAACCAAAGUACCGCAAUACGGAACCACGUACACCGCCUGCUCUUCCACGCGAAGCACUACCCCAAUAAAACCCUCCCUGAAGUAUUAGUUCCGGAGGUGAAUGUGUCCGCCACCAGAUCACCGCAGAUUGGG